UGAUUGAGCAAUUAGACUCCUUAUUUUCAUUAAGAUCAAUGUUUUAAUUCUUAUAAUUCGUAUUAGACAAGUUACAUUUUGAUUUGCUUACCGUUACAUUUCUUAUUAGCUUGAGUUACAUUUUGUUACACGCGAGUUACAUCUAUUUCUCUACUGAGACAAUGAAAAUACAAAAAAGAAGUUACUGUUCACGCGCGUGAACAGUAACAUGUUUUUUUGUGUGGGAGCAGCAUGCUCACCGUGGACUGCUCCCACGGUAUACCAACUGCCAUUGCCUGCCGUCCUUUAGGGUCUCCCGUUGAAUUUCCAAGACCUGAAUUUAGAUUUUUCAGAUUGGAAAAGUAUGGACCGCACAGGAGAAGAGCUUAGGGCAGCCCAAGUCCAGCCCAGGCGCAGCCUUCCUUUAGCAACGUCUCCGACACGCCUCCUUCUGCAAACGAAAGAAGAACGACAAAAACGGACAACUCUCAGGCGGUGGCUUCAGACGGCGAACCAAACGGCGAGCGCGCCCUCCCUGCGACGGCAACCUCCAGCGGCGAGAUUUCAGUGGCGAGCGGUCUCCAGCCACGAGCUUCAAAUUUCCGGCGAACGUCUUCAGCUUCGAACUCGACGGCCGACGGCGAGGGGAACCAGAUUCGAUGGAGAAAGAGGAGCGAGGCUUCAGCGAACAGCCGGCGAACUCCAGGGACCUCAAAUUGGCAGCGUUCAGCGGCGUACAGCGGCGUACGGAGGCAGAGACGUUCCAGAUGGUGGAAUCCGGCGAAAUUGACGACAACCCUAAUCUUUGAUACCACGGUUGAGGAUCGAUUCUUUUUCGGCUCAGGCCUCCCCAUCCCUAUUCUCUCUUCCCAGCCUGUAGAUCUAGAGAAGCAAAGCUGGGUGGAGGGGAUGACUGUCCACGGAAGAUUGCUGGACAUCUAUUCUUUGCUCUUAAUUUUGACCUAGUCAAAAUUCCUACGAAGCCCAGACUUCUCUUCUCCCGGUAGGUGCGGGGCCAAAUAUGAAAUUAGUUUCCUCAGGCCUCCAACUCACCAAGUUCAGGAUGAGUCCCUAUACCAUAGGACCGGCCCAGUAUGAGUAUGCUACACCCUCAUCAAUACGACGUCGUUCUAUUAAUUAAAAAAACGCGUACAAACGGCCUUCUCGAAAUCGGCGCGUCUUUUCUUCCCAUAGCUGCGUCUUUUGACAUUGGCUAUUUACAUUUCUCGAUAAACUUUCUGACUUCACGCUUCCAUCAAGUUCCAUCAGACAGAGUUCCACCAUUCGAAGUGCAUUCUAAAGAAGGAAAAGUAAGAAUCCGAACGAAGAAGAACGUUUUGCAGAUCGAGAAAAUGACGAGGUCUAAAGGCAAAACAGUUGCAAGGUAUUUCAUCCGAACGAACUAUGUACUUUGCUUUUUGAAGUUCAAAAUGUAUGUCUGAGAAUGUAACAAUAUGAUUCAUGUGCUAAUUUGCUAUAAAUUUUAACAUGCAUGUAAGUCACUCUCAAAAACGAAAGAGAUUGAGUAUUGAAUAGUGUGAUUUAUGUCUUAUUGUGAUCUCAAUUUGAAUAAGCAAAGUGCGAAUGCUCAUAUGUCAUCGAGCAUAAUAAGGAAUUUGUCGAUGUAACUACAAUUUUUGAUAAUAUAGUGUUGCAUACCUCAAUAUGUUUGUUAUGCCUUAGUUUGUCAUUGAAUUUUUUUGGUGAUAUAGUGUUGCAUGUCACUGAAACUAAUACUAGAUUAACUUUAUUAAUUUUAUGUAACUUGUGUAUAAUAAUACAUAAAUCCUCUACCUUGGUCUGUGACUGUAAGCAAGUCCACAUGACAUUGUUCAUCUGAUUGUGAAUGAUGUAACUUCUUUUCACUGUUAUGUAAAUUGUGUGUGACAAGAUGUAACUCAUGUGCUCCACAUGACAUUGUUCAUCUGAUUGUGAAUGAUGUAACUUCUUUUCACUUUUAUGUAAAUUGUGUGUAAAAAGAUGUAACUCAUGUGCUCCACAUGACAUUGUUCAUCUGAUUGUGAAUGAUGUAACUUCUUUUCAUUGUUAUGUAAAUUGUGUGUAAAAAGAUGUAACUCAUGUGCUCCACAUGACAUUGUUCAUCUGAUUGUGAAUGAUGUAACUUCUUUUCACUGUUAUGUAAAUUGUGUGUAAAAAGAUGUAACUCAUGUGCUCCACAUGACAUUACUCAUCUGAUUGUGAAUGAUGUAACUUCAUUUCACUAUUAUGGCAAUUGUGUGUGAUAAAAAUGUAACUCAUGUGGAAUAUAAGGAGAACAAGAAGUGAUGUAGCUCCUGAAAAUGAAACUUAGCAUACAGAACAUCAGAAUGAAACUGCAAGGAUACUGAACACAGAAGAACCGAUUCUAAGGCUAGAAUAUCAUCAACCAACAACAAGCAAAAAAAGAAAAGCAGCCCCAAAAAAGAAGAAAGCAGAAUCUGAAGAAUCAGACGAUGAAUGUGAAGAAGUGGAGACAAGCAACAGGUCGCCUUCUGUAAACCUCAGAACAAGAGUAGGACCAGCCCCUUUCAUAAAGUUGAUUAAACAAUUAGAUGAAAGAAAAAAAGCAGCAGUUGAAAGGAUUGGAUUUGGGGGAUUACUGCAUUUAAACUUUGACAUAUUCUGUGGAGAUUUGGUUGCGUUUUUGUUGAAGAACUUUAGACCAAUUUCAGGACAGCUACAACUUGCCAAUGGUGAGCUGCUAGAUAUUGAAGAUGAAGAUGUCAAAGCUUUAUUUGGUCUGCCAAAGGGAAAGAUAGAAGUUCAAGAAGCGAAUGCGAAGAAUGAAACUGAAGAGUAUACCCAACUGCUACAAGAAUGGAGAGAAGAAUGAGGGAUUGAUAAAGGAAGCCCUCAAACAUAAAAAAUGAUUGAAAAAAUAGUUGUAGAUACUGACUCUGGAGACAGAUUCAUCAGAAACUUUGUGGUCUUUACAGUCUCUUGCCUGAUCAGAGGAAACCAGAGUGUCAACAGCAAUUUUAAAAUAUUGAUGUCUUUGGUUAAUGUAGCUGAUAUACCAAACAUGAAUUGGUGCAACUACACAAUAAGAUCGUUGAUGGAUGCAGGCGAGGAAUGACAAACUAAUCAAUCAAAGAUGUUCAGUGGACUAUUACUGUUUCUAAUGAUAUGUUAUUUUGACCGAGUACAAUUCAAAGGCCAAAUUAUGCAGAGUGCUUAUCCAACCAUUAGAAUCUGGGACAAGGAGAGAAUUGACAAAAGAGUCAAAGAUGAGAGAAAGGUGGGCUUUGGUCUGGGAAAGGUGACAAAGCGAAUAAUAACAGUCGAAGAGGAAGACAAAGAUGAAGAGGAAGCAUGAAAAGAAGAUGAAGAAAAUGAAGAUGCUGAAAUGUUGUCAAAGGAGGAUUGUGUGAAGGAGAUUAUAGCUGUGGCACAAAAGUUUAGUGAUGCUUUUGUGGAAUUCUCAAAGUUGCCGUCAACCAUUGCAAAAAAGUUCCCCAAUUCUGAUAUCUUGAAGAAGAUAUACUUGACCACAGCUGAUUACUUCAUCAAUCAAGCAAAUGGAAAUCAAGCAAAAGGAACUCAACGAUUAUCAGAGAAGUGUGUCCUUGAGGAAGAUGAUGACUUCUUUAAUGAGCUUGGAGUUAUGGAAGCCCUUGAGAAACUAGAGAAAGCAGCAUUCCUGAAAUUUUCAAUGCCUUCAUUUGACAUAAGAAUUGAGUUUAACAUGUCACAGGGUGAAGGCACAUCAAAAGUGGAUGUAGAAGCUGCGAAGACUGAAACUGCUCCUGAUGUACAAGAUGUGAUGACUGAAACUGUUGAUGGAGUGGAAGAUGUGAUGAUUGACACCAUUGCUGGAAUGACUGAAACUGUUUCUGUUGAUGGAGAAGUGAAUGGUAAUGUUGAAGUCGCUGAAGUGGCUCAAAUGGCUGCUGAGGAAGAAGUGAUUGGAGAUGAUGGAGAAGUAAACAAGGAAAUUGAUAAUAAGUCAGAGUAAGUUUUAUUUUUUUCUUAUGUAAUUCAUCAAUACUUUUAACUAAUAAAAUAAACUUAACAUUAUAUUAUUUUUUACAAAGGAGUGUUGGUCUAAAGCCAUAUACCAGAAAGAGAAAGCUUCGAAAGUUAGGUGAUUCAAUUGUCAAUUACAGAUCACCUUUUCUGAAGAAUAAUAGAAGGUUAUUCAAGGAAUUUAGCAGAGAUGAAAAGAUUGUUGUUGAUUGGGGAUUCUCAAAAGAAGUUGAAAAAGACUGUGUCUAUCUAGAUGAGGAAGGUGUGUUUAUAACUCAUGAAGAAAUUCAGACACUUCAAGAAGGAAAUGUAGACAACUCAAUAAUUGAUGCAUUCACUAAGAUUCUGAAUGACAGAGAAGAAUCAAAUAAGUCUACAAAGCGUGCCUUCAUUGCGUCAACCCAAGUAUAUGCAAUGUUUGAUUUUGCAUCUGGUGACCCAAUAGAAAAUAUGGUUGACAGAUUGCAAAAAGAAAUAAAUGAAGCUGCAGCAGAUGUCACAAAAUUAGAUAUGGUAAAAUGUCAUUAAUAUUUAAUUUUACAUAAUUCAAGUGUAAAAAUACAAGUCAAAUUUGGUAAUCCUUAUAUAUAUAUUCUUAAAUGUAAAUCAGUGUGAAACAAUAUGAGUAAUAGAAAAUGUUUAGCAUAAUAUGUAACCGCAGCUGUUGACUAAUGUAAGUUCUUAUAUGAAUUAUGUAAACUCUAUUGUUUUAUGUAAGUCAGUGUAUAAGAUAUAUUGUUUAAAAUGUUUUUAAAACAAAGGGUGAAAAAUAAUACCGUAGUAUGUAACUACAGAGCUGAGGGAUGUAAGUUCUGAUAUGAAUUAUGUAGAUUCUGUAUUAUUUUAUGUAACUGAAGAUGAAUUGCUUAUAAUACUGCAGAUACUGUUUCCCAUUCACAAUCAUGAGCACUAUUAUAUCUACUGCUUUUACACAACAAACAACAUUGUUGAUGUAAUUGACAACCGGAUGCUUCCAGAUGGGGUGAGCGUUGAGGACAAAUAUGGCAAAACUUUUUAAAAACUGGAUUCAAAGCCUUCUGUGAGAAAGUGCAGAUUUCAAGCACAACAAGUUGGGUCCCCAGAAUCUUAUACAUGCAAUGGAGACAUAAUAGCAAUCACGUUGACUGUGGAGUAUAUACUUUGCGUCACUUGGAGACGUUUCGUGGGCAAGGACAUGUAUGGGAUUCAGGAUUUGCAACUGCUGCCACAAAUGAUGGAAUAAAAGCUCAAAAUGAAACAAUCUGAAAGAUGAGAUUGAUGUAUGCAGCUCAAGUUUUACUGUCAAAAUUUAACAAAGAAAGGGAAAACAUUUUGAAAAAAGCAAAAGACUACUUGAAGAUGUAAUUAAUUAAUAUGAUGGGGUUACAAUCAAAUCAUUUCAUGGUUUUAUGGAGGGUGUGGUGGUAUGGGUUAUGCAGUAGUUAUCUGUUUGUAUGCAGUAGCUUGUAAUGCAGUGGUAUGGGUUUUAGACAAUUCUUGGUUUUAUGCAGUAGUUUGUAAUGCACCUCAAAAGUUAUCUGUUUAGUAUGUGGAAAACUUAUAUGUUGGAUUAUGAUAAGUUGAUGUAAACUCGUUUGUUUUAUAUGUUUUAUGUCGAAUCCAACGGCUGAGAUUCAUUCUCAC